CUUGGCGGCUACCUGGCGCGCUCGUCAAUCGCCAUAAAAAGUCGCCGCCAGCACUUUUGUCAACUGGUGGCAGUCACAGCAACAGCUACAGCAUUCGACAAUAGCAGCAGGAGCUGCGCUUGUUGUAGAAGCCACGGCAGCACCAAGAGUGCGCGCAACAUUUGUUGUUGACGUUUGACAGCGACAACAGUUGCAUACACGCGCGCGCGCUGCCCAAUACGGUGAUCCCACUGAUCGCGUUGAUCGCGCUAAUCAUUUCUACGCCGUACGACACGAGCGUCGGAUCACGCGGUGAGUGAGCGCUGUAAAAAAAUCAAGUGUGCCGUGAAGUUAUAGUGAACGCGUCGCGCGAAGUUGCUUGCGUUUAAGUGGGCGGCAGAAAGCGCCUUUAUGGUGAUCUUGUAGAUCUUGUCCGACGAAUAUGCGAUAAGACGCUGACAAAUAUCGAAGACAAGCGCACAAAUACUUGCAAACGCAAACACUUCAGGACGACAACAACAAAAACAUUGAUUGAGAUAACAAUUUUUGAAGUUUCGUAAACCGCUUUAAAACACAACAACAACAACAACAAAUUGCAGACCACCACAUCGCUUUUCUCGCUAAGCUGAGAAAUGAAUUGGCGGCUUUUAUUUAUUUUGGUCGCCACAUCUUUGUGGAUUGGCGAUGUACAAUCACUGUCACUGGAUCCAGUGGCGUCCGCCGAAUUGGAACAGCAUAUCAAAAAGGGAGAUUGUGUGAUUUCCAUGCGACACAUACGUCCUCGUCGCAAACUGCACAUCUCCAUCGAAGCGCUCUUCAUGAUCGACUUCCCAACACUCAAGCAUAAAUUCUCAUUCUUUCUGGAUCGACGUGAACAGCGUGUAACACUGGACAUUAGCGCCAGCGGUGUAACGGAAUCCUUACAGUUCGUCAUACCGAACAUUAACGAGACAAGUACGAUACGUUCGAUGGCCCUACACUUUCACAAAAAUCGCAUUGCGCUGCUUGUCGAUUGCAAAGAGAGCGAUGCACACGAACUCGAUAUGAAUCUAGCGAAACUCUACAUACAGAUGGACGAUCCGGUCAUUAAAUUGUUUCGCGAGCGCAAGUACCCUCUACAUUUUGAUGGCAAUUUGGAGCAUGCGUUGCAGCGCGCCAAUUGUCAGAAAGGUCUCAAUCGACGCGGCAAUAGACGCAUGCUGAAGACGAAAGUCCCCACGGAGCGCGGUGAGUAUGCUUUUACAGUUUUUUGUGGCAUUAAAAGUUCCGUUUUUCAAUUUUUUGUAUUUUUUGUUUUGUAUAUUGCAGAGAAGAAUAAAAAGCGCGACGUGCGCAACUUCUACAACUCGGACAGCAGUUAUGAGCGUUUCACACAACGUCAAUUACCGUUAGAUUUCGAACAACGAGGCGAUAUACCGAUGAUGCAUGGCGAUUGUGAAGACGCCCUCGCAAAAUCCAUCAGCGACUUAAUGGCUUUGGUGAAACUGCUGCGCGAAGAUAUCGCCCACCAACGCGAAGAGAUCGCCUACUUGCGUAAACUGCUGGAGAAUUGCGCUGGCUGCAAGGAGCCCACGGCCAGCAAUAGUCUACGCAUCGAGCCGACUUGUCGCACUUCAAACCCGUGUUAUCCUGGUGUUGACUGUUUCGAGACAAUGACGGGCUUGAGGUGCGGCCGCUGUCCGGCCGGCAUGGUUGGUGACGGUAAGAGCUGUAAGCCAGGCAUUACUUGCGCUGAGCGACCCUGUUAUGUAGGCGUUCAGUGUCACGAUACUUUGAAUGGUGCACAGUGUGAUGCCUGUCCCAUUGGCUAUGAAGGUGAUGGACGCAGUUGCAGCAAACACAAUCCCUGUGUAGAUGGACCAUGUCCCUCGGGCGCCGAGUGUGUUGAAAUGGACUUCCCACCAUACUUCCGUUGUAUACCCUGCUUACCUGGUACACAUAUGAAUGGCACGAAAUGUCGUGACAUCAACGAAUGCGAAAUUUAUCAUCCUUGCGACCCGAAAACGGAAUGUAUAAAUCUUAAUCCAGGUUUUCGCUGUGAACCAUGUCCGCUUGGUUACGAUGGAGUACACAGCAGAGGUUUCUACUUGGAAUAUGUUCCACCAGAUUUUCGCAACCAAACCUGCAAUGACAUUGACGAGUGCGCAAAGGGUUUGGACCGCUGUCAUGCGCACUCGAUCUGCGUAAAUACUAUUGGCUCGUAUCAAUGCAAGUGCGUGGAUGGCUAUUUCGCCAAUGGCACGAACGUUUGUCUGCCCACAGCCGAUAUGUGCCCCGACGGUACCAUUUGCGAUCACAAUGCCUACUGCCAACUAACGGAUAACUUCAAGUAUACCUGCAAAUGCAAUAUUGGCUGGGCGGGCAAUGGUUUCGUUUGCGGACGUGAUCGUGAUCUCGACGGUUGGGCGGAUUUCGAUCUGGACUGCGGUGAUGUACGUUGUAGAGGUGACAAUUGCCCGAACUUACCGAACUCGGGACAGGAAGAUGCAGACAAUGAUGGCAUUGGCGAUGGUUGUGAUGAUGAUGCAGAUGGUGAUGGUGAGAAGAAUGAUAAGGAUAAUUGCCCAUAUGAUUACAAUGACAAUCAGUCGGACUCGGAUCACGAUGGUGUCGGUGAUGCGUGUGACAAUUGUCCAUUCGUGCCGAAUCGUAAACAAUUGGACUCGGAUCACGAUGGUAUGGGCAAUGAUUGUGACGAAGAUAUGGAUAACGAUAAUAUAGCGAAUAUGUACGAUAACUGUGCGACAAUACCGAAUCCGAAUCAGUCCGAUGUGGACAACGACGGUAUAGGCGAUGCUUGUGACAACUGCCCGACCAUACCGAACCCGUCGCAGGAGGACAGAGACAAUGAUCUGGUUGGUGAUGCUUGCGACUCGGAUAUCGAUGGCGACGAUGAUGGUGUGCAAGACAGCGAAGAUAAUUGUAACUCUAUCAGCAAUUCUGAUCAGUUGGACACCGAUGGUGAUGGGAAGGGUGACGCAUGCGAUGACGAUAUGGACGGCGAUGGCAUACCGAAUCACCGCGACAACUGCCCCUUGGUACGAAACCCUGAUCAGACGGACUUAAAUCACAACGGCAAGGGUGACAUUUGCGAAUACGAUGAGGACGAUGAUGGCACACCCAACUUCAUUGAUAACUGCCCUAACAAUUCCAUGAUCUAUUCGACGGAUUUCCGCACAAUCCGUUCCGUAAUACUCGAUCCGGAAGGCGACGCACAACGCGAUCCCAAUUGGGAAGUACACUCCAAUGGCUCUGAGAUCGUACAAACACUGAAUAGUGAUCCCGGUUUGGUGGUGGGACAAGACGCUUUUGGUGGCGUCGACUUUGAGGGCACAUUCUAUGUGAACGAUGAUACAGACGAUGAUUAUGUCGGCUUCAUAUUCAGUUAUCAGAGUAACCGCAAAUUCUAUGUGGUUAUGUGGAAGAAGGCCGCGCAGACAUAUUGGGAAUCAACACCAUUCCGUGCUUCUUCCGAACCGGGUAUACAAAUCAAGUUAGUCGAUAGCAUAACGGGACCUGGCUCAAUGUUGCGUAAUAGUCUAUGGCACUCAGGAGAUACGCCGGACCAAGUAAAGUUGCUGUGGAAGGACCCAGCGAAUGUUGGUUGGAAGGAGAAGACAUCAUAUCGCUGGUCGUUGUUGCAUCGACCGGCUAUCGGUCUGAUACGAUUGAGAAUGUACGAAGGCGAACAUUUAAUCUUGGACUCUCAUAAUAUUUACGACUCCACAUUAAAAGGCGGACGCCUUGGCGUUUUCUGUUUCUCGCAAGAGAUGAUUAUUUGGUCGGAUCUGAUCUACAAAUGCAACACGAAUGUUCCCGCCCUCAUCUACAACGAGUUGCCGCAUCAACUCAAGAAAAAGGUGGAUGUAGACAGAUAGAUAGCUUAAAGUGUUCUUCUCUGAAGAGCUUGGCUUCGCUGGAGUUGCUUGCCUUAGAAAUUAAUUUUAAUUAUUGUUGAAGGUAUUAUCGGUACCCGAGUCGUGCUUACUUUAAUAGAUAUAAAAAAGCGUUACUACCAUAAAUGAGAAAUAUUUAAAAUGUUAUAAUAUGUACUAUGUUCUUGUAAUAAGUGAAAUGCAUAACUAAAUAAUUUAUU